UUUGUACUACAGUCAAUAUUUAUUCAUUAAUACCGAAGACUAAACGACGGUAUAUUAGUUAAAUAAUAUGGAUAUCAGUAAAAUUUUACUGGGAUCUUUGUUUUUACUUUCAGUAAUCAUAUCACAAGAAGUGAAUGGACAAAAGGGAAAUAGAGUUAUCUUCAAUGUCGAAGAGCUUAUCUUGAACUUCUGGAAAAACUUGUACGAACGUUUGGCUGACACAUUCAAAUGUCUUUUGAGCCCAUUACCAGAAUCUAUUGGCGGUAAAAAUAAAAGCUGUUACCCUUAGUAACAUUCAAAAAGUUUACUUCCUGAAAUUUUAUAGAAAAAACAUCAGUUACAAAUACAAAAAUUUAAACUUACUGAUAACAACACACUUUUUAAUGAAACAUAAUGUUUGAUGUGAUAUGAGUUCUUCAAAUUAGUAGUAUUCAAUAUUUACAUAAUGCUCUAUACUAGUGAUAUAUAUCUAUAUAUACAUUAUAGUGACGACAGAUACGUGAUAUCAAAA